AUGCAAGAACCUCCAAAGAACAUUGAAGAAUUCUUAAAGCUUCAAAACUUGGAUCACUGGCCAAAGGAAAUCCAUUUUGGGGAUAAUGAUAAAUUGUUAUGUACUCUGAAGAAAAUAAAAGAAGAUAGUUCAUUUACUUCAAUUUAUACACAUCUAUGGGGAAAUGUCCCACGAGUACAUGAUGCGGCCAUGGCCAUGGAGUCAAGAUUAGCAGAGUGUUCAGUUCUUCUGAAAAACCAUGUCUCUGAAAUAUUUGAGUGGAACAGAAUAAUUUCCAGGACAAGUUCUCAUGGAAAAUUGGAACAAUAUAAGGCAUUUCUAAGGAAUUACCGUAAGGAAAAGAAGAUAAUGCUUUCAGAUGACAUGGAGACAAAGAAGCAUAUAGAGGGUUGCAACUUCCCAGGAUUCAGAACAAAUGAGCUUACUCAACUACCCAGACAUUUGAAUGCUGAACGAAUUUAUCUUUUUAUUUUAAAAGCCCAUGACUUUGAUGGAAAAAUUUUUAAAAUCUGGAAGACUCAUUUUCUCUCAGAAGCCUCUGUUGCUGUUUUGCAUGAUUCCUUUUGGUGGUGGUUUCUCCAUAAAUUUAAGCCUGACAGAGAAAGUCAAGAUUCCUUGUUUGAUAGAAUUUCAGAAAGUUAUGUGUCACUUUUCAUGAGCAUACCUCUAAGUCGAAAGGAUGCAUUCUUUCAGGUGUAUCCUGAUUGUUUGGCACAAGCUAUCUAUGCAACAUUCCAGGAAGCAUUUCCAGAAUCCAGUGAUUUCUUUAAUGAUGAAUUUAAAGAAGAUCUAGGGAAUAACAUUUUUCUCUGGUUGUCAGGUUUAAAACCUAAAAAAGGCUUUUGGACCCACUGGAAGCUGAACGAACUCUCCACAACAACCAUUCAUGGCAGCAAGAAAACACCUUCAGAAUCUAUAAAGGAUAGGAUUGCAAGAAGUGAAGAAUGCAUAUCAACUUAUAUAGACUUCAAUAUGACAAAAAUUUUAAAGAACCCAGAAGGAUAUACAAUGCCCACAUCCAAGGAAGAAUCAAGAUUAUCAGGACUACCAACAAAGUCCCAUUAUAGCAGUAGUGGCCCAGAGUUUAACCGUGUUCUCUUCAAUUUUGGAGGUCAGAGUCCACUGAUUUUAUAUUAUCUUAAGAUGCAUGAGCUAGCUGGCAUUUCCAAAGCCCCUAGACACGUCAAGAUUAAACUCACUGAAAUAUUGAAAGAACCAUAUCCUUUUUUAAGCUUUGCUUUAAUAUGA